AUGGCUAGUUGGGGUUGGACAGCCUUGGUGGUUCUGGUGGCAUGUCAUGGCGCGACUCUUGGCGUUAGGGUGGACGAGGAGCUGAAGCUUCCUCACUUAGAGCACAGGGCUCUCCUCGACCAGGACGGCGCCUACGUAAUGCUGUGGACGCCCAGAGAGAAGGAUGUCGUAUUUGAAGUUCAGGUGGCGACGCGUGGCUACGUUGGCCUGGGGUUCUCCCCCAGCGGAGGCAUGCGGGGAGCAGACAUCAUCUUGGGCUGGAUCUGCGACAAAGGCCAUGUCUUUCUUUACGAUCUUCAUGGAGAAGGUAAUUGGCAUCCUGUCCUAGACGACUCACAGGACCUGAAGGUGCUUGGAGGAUACCAGAACGACACCCACACCGUCCUGAGGUUCUCCAGGCCCUGGAACACCUGUGACGACCUGCACGACUUCCAUAUCACUAGUGACACGACUCGAGUUAUCUGGGCAUACGGGCGCGAGGACCCACCUGACAUAGGGAGAGUGGCGAUGCAUGGCCACAGAGGGACCAAGAGCUUGUACCUGCAGGAGCCAAGGUUCUUGCUCCCAGACUUCGGCGACGAUGUCUCCGUCUGGAAUUUACACGCAAUUAAUGUGAGUCUACCAGACGACUCGGACUCACUGUACUGGUGCAAGCUCUUCAGAGUUCCUCCUUUGCGGCGCAAGACUCACGUUAUUGGGUACGAGCCAGUGAUUGAAGCCAGGAACCUAGAACACGUCCACCACAUCCUUAUCUACGAGUGCCACCUGGAGGAUGCCUCCAGGCAUUACGAGAAGUGGCUGCGGGUGAAGGGGUCUCAGUGCUACACCCCCAAUAUGCCCCUCUCCUGGCUUCACUGUACUGUACCAGUUGUAGCCUGGGCUGUUGGAUCUGAGGGAGAGAUGUGGCCUGAUCACGUGGGCUACUCACUUGGAAAGGAGCAUGGCGGAACGGAUUAUUUUAUGAUGGAGAUCCAUUACGACAACCCCAAACUUAAGAAAGGAGUAGUGGACGGGUCUGGCAUUCGACUCUACCACACGGAGAAGCUGCGUCAGUACGACUCCGGGGUCAUCACGUUGGGUCAUACCGUCUUUCCCACCCACAUCAUUCCUCCAGGACAACACUGGAAAACAAUUGGUCACUGCUUCAGCGAAUGCACCAGAGAGAGAGUGCCUGAAGGAGGGUUGAAGGUGUUCCAGGGGAUGCUGCACGCUCAUCUCCUGGGUAGAGACAUCACCCUCAGACACAUCCGCAACGGACGGGAACUGCCAGUCACUCUUAAGGAUAAGUUUUACGACUUCAACUAUCAGCAGAGCAGAGUACUCAAGGACGAAAUGACGAUCCUCAAGGGAGACUCCUUUAUCGUAGAAUGUGGCUACGACUCUACCAAGACAACUGUUCCAACCUUUGGCGGGUUGAACACGCGGGAGGAGAUGUGCCUGGUGUUUCUCUUCUACUAUCCCAAGGCCGCUCUUGACAAAUGCAAGUCAUCGCCCGAGCCUGUAAAUCUCCUGAGGACUCUCGGCGUUAAUGAAAUCUUUGAAAACAGAAAAAUUAAUGUUGACGAGGAGAAAGAGAGAAAAGAUGCUGUGAAGAUGGUUGAAGGCCUCACCUCCCUGCAUGGCCCAUUAAAGAUGUUCCACCUGUACCGAGCCAUCAUAGCCAAAGAACCUACCGCGGUUCGCAACAUCUCCCUGUAUGACAUCCUUCAUAGCAACGCCACCUGGCAGAAUGAGACACUCCUGAAGUCACUUCAGCAGCAGGUGAUAUAUGGACCACACGAAAUGAGCUGCCACUCGAUUCCUCAUAGUGAAAAAUAUGUAAGUUACAUGUUGAAACAGAAUAAUAAUGCUCGACUGGAUGAUGUACUUUGA